CGCGAACGAUCGCCAGUGUGGUAUCGCCAGUCGGGCGAUGCUCGGUGUGUCGGGCUCGUGAAGAAGCUAGAAGCGGCGAUUUUUCACCGGGACCAUCGUUUCGAACGACACAUGCGCCGGAUUAAAUAAAGAAUGAUACAGCCAUGAAGCGAUCGGGAGGCUAUCCUGAUGAAAGCUCGAUGGCUCAAAUCACCCGUACACAUUGGACAGAACGGUGACAGAGUUGUAAAUUACAACGAUGGAUAUACAGAAGAAGCACCUGUGCCCCCGGUUGGUCGACUACCUCGCCAUCGUGGGGGCCAGACUGCCUUCACAAUCAGUCUCUCGCCAGCCUGUGCAGAUUCCAGAACUGUUGCGAAGGUAUCCGGUGGAAGAUCACAAAGAUUUCCCACUGCCGCUGGACAUGGUCUACUUCUGCCAACCCGAGGGUUGCACCAGCGUGGGCCCGAAACGCACAGCCUUACGAGAGGCCACGUCCUUUACCUUCACCCUAACGGAUAAAGACUCCGGCAAGACUCGUUAUGGUAUCUGCGUGAAUUUCUAUCGGCCAAUUGAAAGAAUGGGUGCCGCGGGCGGGAGCGGGGUUGCCGCCAAGAGGGACAAGUAUAAUACCACGUUCCGAAGGGAGAGCUGGAGAAAGAGCAUGGAAAAGAGCACGGAUUCUGCCUUCUCUAGCGACUAUAGGAGCAGUGCGGUGGGUCCUAGCGACUCUGAAAAAGAAUGCCCGAGCAGCAGAAGGGACUCCGACACUUCGCAUAUGCCGACUGCACCCAGAUUAGGGAUCACCGCGCCAAGCGGCGACAGUGAAAGCGGUGGAAGCCACUCUCCAUCUCCACGUGCUUCCCGCAGACGACAGAGGAUACGAAAUCAUUCACUGACAUCGUUAUGCAUCAUUUCCCAUCAUCCGUUCUUUUCGAUGUUUCGCGAAUGCCUUUUUGUUUUGAAGAAGAUUAUUGAUGCUUGCAACGAGAGUUCCUCGCCGCAAAAGGUGGGCGCUUCCAGGCAGACCAACAGGGACACGGUGUGGAGCGUUUUAACGGGGCAAACGCUGGAAGGCACGCCGUCGAUUGUGUUGCACGACGUUCGCGAGAUCGAGACGUGGAUUCUACGAUUACUGAGCAGCCCGGUACCGGUCCCGACAAAGACACGCGUCGAGGUCGAGAUCGUGUCGCAAAGUAUGCAGCCGCCACUCUGUUUCGCACUCCCAGAUCACACUAGAUUCUCUCUCGUUGAUUUCCCUCUGCAUCUACCCCUGGAACUUCUUGGCGUUGACAUAUGCUUGAAGGUCCUUACGCUGAUUCUCUUGGAGCACAAGAUCGUGUUGCAAUCCCGCGACUACAAUGCCCUGUCGAUGUCCGUAAUGGCGUUCGUUACGAUGAUUUAUCCUCUGGAGUAUAUGUUCCCCGCGAUACCGUUGUUACCCACGUGCAUGAGCUGCGCGGAACAGUUGUUGCUUGCACCUACACCAUUUGUUAUCGGAAUACCCGCUACUUUUUUAUUGUACAAAACGAACUUUAAAAUGCCCGAUGACAUUUGGCUAGUGGAUCUAGACAGCAAUAAGAUAAACGCGCCUACUGGUCUGGGCGAUCAGUUGCCACCGUUGCCCGAACCAGAAGGCUCCAUACUAAAGAACCACUUAAGACAGGCGAUGCAACUGAUGGACCAAAACGGCUCUAGUGCAAUGGCUAGUAUGUCAACUCCGCAACCGCUCUCGCAAGAAACCUCCCCGAGAACUUCCCUUCAGGCUCCUAGCAGGAGAGAGAGUAUCACUUCCCACCUCUCUAAUUUGAGCGUUUCAUCGUUGAAGCAUAGGACGAGCAUCGACCACCACGCGAGUCCCAUGAGCUCUCCAGUGGCCGGCACGACUCCCGGUGCUCGUCGACCUUCCGUGUCCCAAUCGACGAGCUCCUUAUCGCCACAAAGACCUCCCUCCUCUCAAACCAUGCCACCUUUGAACCCGUUCAUUUACGGGAACGACGUGGACUCGGUGGACGUCGCGACUCGAGUAGCCAUGGUGCGAUUCUUCAACUCGCAGAAUCUCCUGGCGAACUUCACCGAGCACACGAGGACUCUGAGGCUCUAUCCAAGACCCGUAGUCGCUUUUCAGAUCAAUUCGUUCCUACGUUCGAGGCCGCGGGCCAGUCAUUUCUUGAGUAAAUUCGCGAGGACCCAGGCGGUUGAAUUCUUAGCCGAGUGGUCGUUGACACCGAGCAACGUGGCGUUCCUAAGGGUGCAGACGGGGGUGUUCGAUCCUACGCAGAUCGGAGACAAGCCCAAGUGGUACGCCUCCAGUCUGGAACCGAUCUACUUUCCUGUAUGGGACAACGGUAGCUCGUUGGCGAAUGCUCUCAGGGCGAUGAAGGAGCACGGUAGUCAACCGACCGAUGAAAGCGGCUCGGAUUCCGAAGGUGCCGAGAGCACCAGCUCGUCUUAUUCUUCUUUGAGCGACUUCGUCUCCGAGAUGGCCUCUUCUGAUUUAUCUCCCAGCUACAAUUGUUCGCAAGUGACGCAGCCUCAACCAAUGUCCCUAUCGGUGGACCCGAAGAAUGUGUACAAUCCCCCGAGUUCGUUGCAGUAUCCCGGAGUGGAGGAAGAGUCGACCGUCAGGCCUGAGAGUCCGCCGAGCACUUCGUCCAGUCACAGCGAUUUAAGCAGUCCCAGUUUCAACAGGGACUCUGAAUUCGAGCUGAACCCAAAAGCUCAAGAAGGUUCUCAGUCGACCAACGAUAAAGAGGAGGGUGGUAGCUUUGAGUCAGACUCAGCAUCCACGAUAACACCGCGCACGAUCCUGAGCGCACAAAGUUCUUUAGGACAGUUCGGAGUAGGCAAGAGUCAUUCUUUAGCCGCUUCGAGCGUCAGCGACACCGAACGUCCUGCCACGUCCCACAGGACCUCGCGUGUCAGUAGAUUUGUCGUUCCCAAACCGGAGGGUUUGCAAAGGCAGGGUUCCGGUGUAACCGGAAAUGGUGUAGUACGACAAGGAUCCCAAGGAUCCUUGUUCGAACAGAUUGCCACUCAAGCCAAGGACCUGGUUCGUGAAACGACCAGGCAAAGCAGUCAGGACGGUCUCCUUGCUCACAUGGACAAGUUGAAACACCAGGCGAAAGAGAAAAUUACUGAGGCUGGUGAGGACAGUCUCUUCGCGCCAUUGGAACAGUUUACACAGCAAACGAAAAAAGCUAUGGGCGAGGCGACGAAGUCCAUGCAAGAAGCUUCGAAGACCGCAAUAGAGGCUUCGAAAACCGCGGCUGGUGCCAGUAAAAAUACAUUCGAUGAUCUGACUUAUGUCAGUAAGAACGCUUUGGACGAUUUUACGAAAAGUGCCAAAGAAGCCGCGAAGAAGGGUUUACUCAAAGGUCUGGGCGACUCGCAGCAUUCACCGCCCUCACCCCCGGGAAUGCCGCAGCGAAGGGAUUCGAGUAGCACGCAACUGGUAGCUUCGGAUCGCGGUGGACGACGGGAUAUCGGACGUGAUUUUUUCAGCAAUAUUAGUAGUGAUUUAAACGGCAUUGCUACGCAAACGAGCAACAUGUUCAGCGACCUGUUCGGCAGUAAGAAUAGUUCUAGUAAAAAUGCCGGUAUCCCGCAGUCGCAGAAGGAUAAGAAGACACCGAUACUCGGACCGUUCCCCAAAACAAAAAUGGGACUGGUGGAACGUUCGUCGUUGAUAAAACACUCGACGAACAGGGCUAAUCAAGAAGAUAUUCAGAGGAGAGAUCAAAACGCGGAGAGGUCCAGUACAAACAGUGAUAAUCAAGCUUUCUUGACAGACGUGGUGAAUCAAGUUUUAGUCGGUGAAGGCGUCGGCUGGUUGAAGUUGAACAGGCUGAAGAAAUUGAUGGAGGACGAGAGCUAUCGAGACUUCGUCGUCACCAAACUUAACAAGGGUCUGAACAAGAAGAUCAGUCCUGACGAUCAUAUCGACGAUGUGUGCAUUUCGAAGUCAGUUUAUAAGGGAAUGCUAAAGUGCCUUCAAGCAGUGGCUCACGGUCUUGGACACACUUAUAAUAAUUUCGGGCUGGGCGGUAUGGCCUCGGUUUAUCAAUUGAUGGAGAUCGCGCAUACUCAUUACUGGAGCAAGGAUUUGUCGGAGGGAGGAGGCUUCGAUAGCUCUAUAAUGUCUCAAUCAUCUAGUCCGUUUGGUAGCAGAGAAAAUUUAAGAUCCCCGCAGUCUCCCACGCAGCCUGAAUUUUCAGAGCCACGAAAAUCAGAUACUCCCCAAGUACAUUUGGAAAUGUCACACCACCCACCAGCCAAGGAGGAGAACCAGUCGACGACCGACAUGUUCCUGGACAUGUUCACCAAAAAAGGAAAGUUCCUCAGCAGGCUAACGUCAUUCGACUCUGAGAGUGGGCGGGGAGGUGGAACGGGAAGCAGCGAAGCUUUAUCCACAGACGGAGGUAGCAUAAUCACUAAUCCUGCUUUUCGGCAAGCGCACCAAGCUUCUUUCCGAAGCACUGUCUCUGAUAGCGAGGUCGAGCAAGGCAAUUUUCCGCGACAACCGAAACAGCGAACGGGUAGCGUUUGGUCCAGCAAAUCUUCCUUGAGUACCGGUUUCCGGUAUCACGGAGGAAGCUUGGUACCAACCACGACUGCUCCCAGUCCGGACGCUGCGAGGACGUAUUUGUUCGAAGGUUUACUGGGGAAAGAGAGAUCCUCGCUUUGGGACCAGAUGCAAUUUUGGGAGGACGCUUUCCUCGACGCAGUGUCUCAAGAAAGAGACAUGAUCGGCAUGGAUCAAGGUCCAGGAGAAAUGAUGGAAAGAUAUAAGACUCUCAGCGAGAGCGAGAAGAAACGAUUGGAGCACGACGAAGACAGACUGCUGUGCACACUGUUACACAAUUUAACGGCGAUAUUAGUCAUGCUGAACGUGGAGAAGAACGAGGUGAAGCGUAAAGUAAGAAGACUGCUGGGCAAGAGUCAUAUCGGUCUGAUCUACAGUCAGGAGCUCAAUCAACUUCUCGAUCAAAUACACAAUCUCUACGGAAACGAUAUAGACCUGAAGCCUCUGACGUCCAGACAAAUGCAUCGGCAAUCGUUCACCGUGCACGACGGCCCCGACGCCGAGGGUGAACUUCGAUUCCUCGAGGUUCGCCACGAUGGCCUCGUGCUCAGAUCCGUGAAUGGGGUGAUCGUCGAACGAUGGUGGUAUGAGCGUUUGGUCAACAUGACCUACAGCCCGAAGAACAAAGUGUUGUGCCUUUGGCGAAGGAACGGCGGCCAAACUCACCUGCAUAAGUAUUACACCAAGAAGUGCAAGGACCUGUACUACUGCAUAAAAGAUGCAAUGGAGAAGGCAGCGGCUCGUGGCCGUGGGGCGAGCGUCGGCGUCGAGCUCGGUGGCGAAUUUCCGGUGCAGGACAUGCGAACUGGCGAGGGUGGGCUUCUACAGGUUUGCAUGGAGGGCGUGGGUCUCCUCUUCGCGAAUAGCAAGGAUUUCGAGUUUUUUGUAAGACUCGAUCAUAUCCGCAAGUGCUUUACUCAGAAGGAUGGGAUCUUUGUAUUGGAAGAAUUCAAUCCUAAAACUAGACAAGUAAUUCAACGUAAAUAUAAGUCUCAAAUGGCAGAUCAAAUUUGCUACUCGGUACUCUGUGUGUUCUCUUACUUGGCUGCUGGGUUGGAGCAACGGAAGCCAGCCAGCCAAACAAGCCAGCACCCCCAGCCCCAACCCCAGCAACAAUCACAGCAACCACCGACACAAUCACAACAGCAAUUGCAACAGAGACAACAGCACCAGCAACCACAUUAUCGCCAACCUCAACAGCAGCCUCAACCUCAGCAACAGCAACAGCAGCAGCAGCAGCAGCAGCAGCAGCAGCAUCAGCCGCCGCCGCAACAACAAGCUCAACAACAUUCAGGUAGCAACCUGGGCCAAACUGGUCAGGGCCGUAAAAGCACGCAAUUCGAAUCUAUCCCUAAGCAUCACUGACACAGAGGCAGACACUCGCUCCCAUUUGUGCAUAAUUACAAUAAAUGUGCCCCCUACGCUUGUCUACCCUGGGUGUAAACAGCUCCGUUUCAUCGUUAACCCAUCUGCAUUGCUAGCACCACAGAAUUGGCUCUACGAUUAUCAUCGGAUGCAUUUAUAAGAAAACUGAAUGCACGAGAAUUAUAAUUUUUUAGAGUAUUAGAAGUUCAAUGCAUGUUUCGGUGAUACGAGAUUUAACAUUUAAAAUGAUAUAAAUCGAUCGGUUUUAUAAUUCCCAUUUGAUGAAUGUACGAGGACAUAGUGCAUAUACUUUAGAAUAUGAGAAGUCCAAUGGAUAUUUCAAUAUGUAAAUGAUACAGGAAAUAAUGAUUUGGAAUACAUUUUUUAAAUUGAUACGAGUUUUAAAAAGUGAGAAGGAGCCUUUGAAUUCCGGGAAUUCGAUGCAAAUGGGUUAAAGCCUGUACGUCGAAACGAGUGAAUCUAAUCUAAAAAUUGAGAUCCUUAACAAUCUGGUCUAUCGAAGUCGUUGCACGCCACACACACAAGGCAGUAUCAUCCUCCACCAUUUUCAAAGAGUCUAGAAAUCUGUUCUAAAUGUUGGAACGCUUCUUUCGUGUUCUAUCCGAGAAAGGAUUUCAAUGGAAUCGAACGUGACCAACGAUUCGUCGGAAACUGGAGGUAUCAAAAUUUUUAUGGGAACAUCAAUUGGCUAAUUACGUGACUCGACACAGUCGUGGUAAUUAUUUGCAAAGCGGGAGCCGUUGGGUGUUAAAAAAAAUAAUGAAAUUAUCAAUAUGACACAUAUUUCAGAUAAAGGAACUGAGACAUUACCGUAAGACGAUGUAAUGACGAUAAUAAUAACAGUAAUAACAGUGUAAUAAAGCAGUGUAGCAGUGGCUAUUGUACAUUCGCGAAUGCGGUUUCGAGUGGUAUUCGAAUUAAAAAUGAUAACGACGCGCUUUCCGAUCCUUCGGAUCGUAAAAGGAGAAAAAGAUAUAAAGAAAGUCUCUCUAGCAGUUCUCUCAUUCUUUUAUAUGUCCGUAAGCACGUGUAGAGACACGAAAUUCGAAUAAUAAAGCUUGUAUAGGUGUUGGGAGAAAUAUAGCGAUGUUACAAUAUUUUGCGAGCAAAGAAAAAAAAUAUAUGUAAUCCAAUCAAAAAACAUCUCUUGACCAGCAAUAAUUCGGUUCUCUUGUUACACGUAAGGAAUUUUUUAACAUUGCAACAACUUGGGAAGAGUACGUAAUGUUAAAUAACUUGGUAUUUUUCAAGAAGGGAGACAGAUUUUUAGAAACGUAAGUAACAAAAAUUGAUGAAAUAUCCAGAUUGUGAAGAAUCUAUUAGGGGUUCGUUAUACUUCUUCCAGCAGCAGUUAAAAAAAAAAUGUAUUAAUCGUUCGAGAGAAAAUCUACCUUAAACUAUCCUUCGAUUGCUUGGGGAAAUGGUAUACAUAUAUAGUUAAUAUCAAAGCCUGUUCGACGGUGUUUUCUAUGAGUAGCACGUAAAGCAAUUCUGAGAUACAAUAAUCGAGAUGAAAAUGUAUUUAAUCGUGUAAUUGGAGGAACAAUUUUGUAUAAAAUACAUCGAAGCAGAGACUGUAACUGUGAUCAUCUAAUUUGAUGGAGAACGAGUACGAAGACGUAUUUAAUUUCGUAUGGACGCAUGAAAUAGCCCGAAGUAUUAUAAUCUCGGAUAGUAUCGAUACACUCUCCUUCAUGAAUUUCACACCAUUACUACAAAACUUACGUUCGACUCGACAUUAAAAAGUUUCGAUCACUAACGUAUUCCUUUCUCUAGUCGAAUGAUCAGCCUGGAUGAUUGAAAGAAAAAGAAAACAUAGCAGAAUUUCUGUGGCUGAUUAAUUUACCUCACGAUAACUAACAGAGAUAAGAGAUGAGUCAGUCGUGUGAGACAAGUUACAACUACAUAUAUAUUUUAGUAUGGACACUGAUGUAAUGUAUAUUUGUAAUAAUCGUGCGAGCGUCAAUCUCUUUCCUUUUUCAUUUCUGAUUAGAGACGUUCCAGCAAAGAAAGGCCAAUUGUUAGUAUACGAGAUAAAGAAUCGCAUCCCAAUCACGUCGAAUAGUUUCAUCACUCAUUAAUUUAUGAUUUCGUUCACCGCAAGCGACACUGAACAGUCCGAGACACGUUUAUUUAUUAAUUCUAUUUAUGUAACAGUCUGUUCCAUUGUCUAAAGAACCUAAUAACUUAAGAUGAUCAGGAUAAUCGACAAUUAUAAAUAGGCACAGAUGUUAUCUUAAAAUACACAUCUUAAUAUAUCUCACGUUCAGUAUCGUCAUUUUUCAGCGGACUCACGAUAAGUAUUCUAAUUAAAUUUGUAACAUCAUAUUUUUAGCGUCUGUGAUUACAUUUUGUAACUUAGACUUUUAAUUGUAUUGUUAAGUUUAAUUACGUUUUCCCGUAUUGUGCGUGCAACGGAAGAUGCUUUAAAAAAAAAUGCAAAUUACAUGUACUCACAUCCCGUAGAUAGUGUUGCCACCGACAAGGCCGAAGUUCAACGUGUCCCCCAACGUUCCCCCUGCAACAAAUAAUAAACAAAAUAAAGUUUCGCAUAUCUCGUACGUAACAGGGAAUCCACGAGCAUUAUUUUAUCAAAUCUCAAUCUACCUCUUCAAUCUAUUAUCUAACUCCUUACGAUUCUUCUUUAUUUUUGUAAUAAGAAUUUUAGGUAUUCUAAUUUAUUCGACGCUCGAAUGGAAGAGAAUCUUCGCUUUAAGAGGACUUCCGCUUGUCUCUACGCUUAGCGCCCAUCGCAUAGCAGUUCCUGUUUAGUGCCACGCUUAAACAAUAUAUUUUAGCAAACUCAUUGUCACGCUCCACGACGAUAAAAAUAAGCGAACGAGAGAAUAAACGAUGAUUAUAAAAGGAAAUCUAGAAACCGUUCUAUUAGAACUCCCAACAGGGAUUCAAUACAAGUUUCAAAUGUACUCAGCAAUGUAUCCAAUAAAUAACUUGUAGAUUUGAA